CUGGAUUCACAUUCUCGGCAGAGUCCACGGUGGUCCAUCCGAAGGAAGAUGAGUUCCCACGGGGCCAUCAUUGAGAUCAUGUCCACCCGGAAGUUGACUUACCUGGUGGGGAUUCUCUUCCUGGCCCAAGUGGCCACCUUCUUCUUGGGCGCUGUGAUCUCGCCCACGCCCAAUAGCUCACUCCAGGUCCUGGCCACCAAAUGCAUUGAUCCUAAGGCCGACAUCAAUGGACGUAAAUGGUUCUAUCCCCGAGGAAAGGGCAAAUGCCAGCGAAUCGAAAACUUUGCCGCCGAGAGCGAGGAAAUCCAACAUUUGACGGCCGAACACGUGGUCUUCGCCUUCCAGAUUCCCUUGCCUCGAGACAAAAUUGCUUUGGACUACAGUCGAUGGCAACAAAAUCUCAUGGGCAUCUUGCAACUGGAUAUCGGAUACGAGGAGGGGUUCGAUCACGAGCCGUCCGUGGAAUUAUUCAUGAAAGCCCGUUUAGGCUAUCGGAAUAUGGGUGACUCCGAGGACGAUUGGAAGCUCAUCGAUUCGUCUUUUGUUCAUCGAACCAUGAACUGCGAGAUCGACGAGGACAAGAAGGAGCUCGGAUACAACUACAACUGUUCCAUGUUGAAUCUCUUCGAGUUGGGAUCGCUCCAUCACGAUUAUUAUCUCCUCAACAUCCGAUUGCCCUCCAUCUACGAGGAAGACGGUACGGUCAUCGAUAUCAAUAAUAGCGUGGGCAAACUUCAAGACGUGUGGAUGGUGGCCAUUCACCAAAAUGGCGGUUUCACUAAGGUCUGGGUCUCACUCAAGACUGUCUUCUUCCCCAUCAUCUUGAUCGAGAUGAUCUGGUAUUGGAGGCGCAUUUCGCAGCUCCCUCGUCAAGCCACCUUACUCGAGAAAGGUCUAUUCGCUUUGGGGUGUGCCUUGACUUUCCUAAACGUGCCAUUCGAGUUCUUUACGUUGUCAUACGACAUGCCUUGGCUGAUCUUGCUCAACGACAUCAAGCAAGGUGUGUUUUACGCCACACUCAUGAUUUUCUGGCUCAUCUUCGCCGGCGAGCAUUGCAUCAACGACGCCGGACCCGGUGAGAAGAACGGGAUCAAGGCCUAUUGGAAGAAACUGGCCGUGAUUCUGUUCGGCUGCUCGUGUCUGUUGGUGUUUGAUAUCUGCGAACGAGGAACCCAACUCAAGAAUCCGUUUUACUCGAUUUGGACCACGGAAUUCGGCACGAACGUGGCCUUGGGAUUCAUCAUACUAGCUGGCAUCUCGGCCGGCGUCUUCUUUAUCUUUCUCUGCUACAUGAUCUACCGAGUAUUUAUGACUAUCAGCGAGAAGCAGGCUUCAAUAUCGUCCAUGUCUCGAGUGCGACAGAUCCAUUAUCAGGGCAUCAUUUGGCGUUUUCGCUUCCUCAUGUUGGCCACCCUCGUCACAGCCGCUCUCACUACCAUCGGAUUCAUCUUAGGACAAGUGUCCGAGGGCCAAUACAAGUGGGACGAGAAUAUCUCCUUGGAGUACACCUCGGGAUUCAUGACCGGCGUUUAUGGCAUGUGGAACAUCUACAUAUUCGGGCUGCUCUUCUUGUAUGCACCCUCUCACAAGAAUUGGCCGGGAUCUGAAUCGUCUGCCUUGGAUUCUUCUGGAGAUCCCGGGGUUAAUGGCGAAGAAAUCGAGUUUACCAUGCAUCGAGGAGCCCGAUCGGAUGCUUCGGAAAUCAGCUCACUUACCGAGUUUAUUCGUCAUCAAGCCACGGACUAAAAUGAAAGCCAAGCGUCUUUCGAGAAUACUACAAAUCUUCCAACCACGACAAAUUUGAAUCUCAAUCAAAAAUAAUUCUCCAACGAUCUAAUGAAUAACUGAUGUGCCAAAGACGUUUCACUCUUCCAUGACGUUGUUGUAUUUAAACACGAACCUCCCCUGUGCAUUUAUACGUUUGAUGGUAUUGGAAAUGGCAGAAUUUCCUUGCCACCAUGUCUGGUGAACUAAUUGCAAAACUUCAAUAAAACAAGUAUGACAAAUGA